AUGGUUGUGACGACGAUUUUUCUUGGUAUCUGCAUUCUACACUUAUCGGUUUACUGUAAUGCUAGCAAAUCGAGAGGGGCCGGUGAUUUCGUGGACUCUGUCACGUGCCACGCAAAGGGUAUAAACAUAGUGCUGAAGUCUAAGCUGCCCUUGCCUCGAAAUGGCAUGUGGAAACUUGAGGUAGAAGGCUAUCCUUACUGUCCCGGCGCUACAAAACAGGACGUUGGAGGCGGAUACGCAUUCACACUACUUUUCGCGGACAAGGACUUGUGCGGUACCGAGCCAAAGUCGUGGUUUGUAAGUGUAUCGUCGUUGUUUCGAACCGCGCCUUACUUACUUACGCUUCAUCUGCAGACUCCGUCUUGGGUGUCGCUUGCAGAAGUUACGCUGCUGCUGAAAGACUCGAAUGAGAGUAUCAUCGCCGACUCGAUCAGUUGUCUUUACAAUACGAGGUUCGGCACUUCGCUGCUGACGUUCAAGGGCGAGAUCAUGAGUUGCUUCAACGAAAAGAACAGUGUGGUCAGAACGAUUCUGCCAAAGAUGGACCGUAAUCAGGAAGGCACCGUAUACGAGAUGCCGUUUUCUGCGUUCUACUUCACUAACUACAGCAAGAAUCUUUUCGUGCAUUGCACCCUGCUUGCGUGCGUUGGAGAGCAAAACUUAUGUGACCCGCAGGCAAAUUGCUUUGGAACCAGUCGUCGGAAACGCCGAAACAUCGUGGAAACGGAGGGGCAUUUCUCUGAACGUUUUGGAGACCAUGAAUCAGUGGAUGGCGCGAAAUCGUUCGUGAUAACGAAGUACGUCGUAAUUGAAGACGGUCACAGAGGACUCACACCGGAUGCUUCGUCCGACUCUAAAGCAUUGGAAAAACUUUUUGCUAAUGGUACAGUCUGUCUUCACCCGGCACACUUCGCGUCUCUACUGAGCAGUCUCGUCGCGUGCAUCGUUGUGUUGCUGAUCAUCGUGUCCUGCAUGGCCGGCAAACUGGCCAGAAAGCACAAGUUCUGGUGCCGCUAUGAAGAUUCGCUUCAUUACGCAAUGCUCAACACUUGCUGCCCAACUCCCGCUUACCAGGCGUCACCAGCAGCAGUCACGACAAAGUUUUAA